AUGUUGGAAGGUAAAUUCGAUGAAUCCACCUUGUUAAAGAAGAUUGUUGACUCAAUCAAGGAUUGUGUCAAGUUGUGUAAUUUCAACUGUACCGAACACGGAAUCACCGUGCAAGCAGUCGACGACUCGCGUGUGUUGUUGGUUUCUUUAUUAGUCGGACAAACUGCAUUUAGCGAAUACAGAUGCGAUAGAGAUGUUACUUUGGGAAUAGAUUUGGAGAGUUUUAGCAAGAUUAUCAAGUGUGGUCAAAAUGAAGAUUACUUGACAUUGUUGGCUGAAGACAGUCCUGAUAGUGUUAUGACGAUUUUUGAAGAUAAGAAAAGAGAGAGGGUUAGUGAGUAUAGUUUGAAGUUGAUGAAUAUCGAUUCGGAAUUUUUGAAAAUUGAUGACAUGGAGUACGAUACUGUUAUCAAUAUGCCAAGUUCUGAAUUUGCCAAGAUUGUUCGGGAUUUGAAAAACUUGAGUGAGUCGUUGAACAUCAUUGUCACUAAGGACUCUGUCAAGUUCACAAGUGAAGGUGAAACUGGUACCGGAAGCGUGGUGUUGAAGCCAUACACCGAUAUGGACAGACCUGAAGAAAGUGUUAGUGUUCAUUUGGAUAACCCUGUUGAUUUGACUUUUGGUUUGAAGUAUUUGAAUGAUAUUAUUAAAGCUUCAAGUUUGUCGAGCACAAUCACGGUUAAACUCGCUGACAAGACUCCCGCCUUGUUUGAAUUCAAAUUGGAUGUUGGUGGAUACUUGAGAUUCUACUUGGCACCGAAAUUCGACGAAGAUGAGUAA